CUCGCAGACGACAACUAACACUCCCACACCAUGUACAAGCUUGUGAUCCUGAUGUGCGCCGUGGCCGCCGCCCACGCCGGCUACCUGGGAGGCUACGCCGCCCCCGCCGUCGCCGUGGCGCCUGCCGUGGCCGCCCCCGCCCUCGCAGUGGCCCACGCCCCCGUGGCCGUGGCGCCCGCCGCCUCCUCGUACGCCAACACGUACCGCGUGUCGCAGACCGCCCGCCUCCUGGCCGCCCCCGCCGUCGCCGCCGCCCCCGUGGCCUACGCCGCCCCCGCCAUCCACGCCCCUCUGGCCUACGCCGCCCCUGCUGUCGCUGCUCCCAUCCUCAAAGUGCACUGAGAAGGGCAAAUGUCAGCGAUGUAUCAUCCAUUCUGACUCAUCGUUAUUUAAUAAAGACCUCAUAAACAGAAUA